UACCCAGCCUGUCGCUAAACUUUCCCGGCGCGGGCCCGGCUCUGAGUCGCUUUUCUGAGCGGAGUGUCCCAGGGACGGAGGACCCAGGCUGGCUGCAGAUUAUCUGUUCCUCUCGGCGGGAUCCGCAGAGAGUCCUUUCCCUGGAUUUGGAGCCCUAACCGUUCCUCCCCAGCCUUAUCCGGCGAGGUGCUGAGCGCUGCCAGCGGAGGCAGCGCCUUCCCGAAGCAGUUUGUUUUUGGACGGAUUUCUUUAAGAGAAAAAGAAACCAACAGGUUGCUAGCCCCGGCGCCGCACAAGAGACGCCGGAGAGGCAAGCCCCGGCCCCGGAUUCCUCGGGCUGCCUUGGCCCCUCGCGGGCUGCGGGAGGCGGGGAGGGAGGGGGCGAUGGCUCGGCCUGACCCGUCCGCUCCGCCUUCGCUGCUGCUCCUGCUCCUGGCUCAGCUGGCGGGCCGGGCGGCGGCCGCUUCCAAGGCCCCGGUGUGCCAGGAAAUCACGGUGCCCAUGUGCCGCGGCAUCGGCUACAACCUGACGCACAUGCCCAACCAGUUCAACCACGACACGCAGGACGAGGCGGGCCUGGAGGUGCACCAGUUCUGGCCGCUGGUGGAGAUCCACUGCUCGCCCGAUCUGCGCUUCUUCCUAUGCUCCAUGUACACGCCCAUCUGCCUGCCCGACUACCACAAGCCGCUGCCGCCCUGCCGCUCGGUGUGCGAGCGCGCCAAGGCCGGCUGCUCGCCUCUCAUGCGCCAGUACGGCUUCGCCUGGCCCGAGCGCAUGAGCUGCGACCGCCUCCCGGUGCUGGGCCGCGACGCCGAAGUCCUGUGCAUGGAUUACAACCGCAGCGAGGCCACUACGGCGCCCCCCAGGCCCUUCCCGGCCAAGCCCACCCUCUCAGGCCCUCCAGGGGCUCCGGCCUCGGGGGGCGAGUGCGCCGCCGGGGGCCCGUCGGUGUGCAAGUGCCGCGAGCCCUUCGUGCCCAUCCUGAAGGAGUCGCACCCGCUCUACAACAAGGUGCGGACGGGCCAGGUGCCCAACUGCGCGGUGCCUUGCUACCAGCCGUCCUUCAGCCCGGACGAGCGCACGUUCGCCACCUUCUGGAUCGGCCUGUGGUCCGUACUGUGCUUCAUCUCCACAUCCACCACCGUGGCCACCUUCCUCAUCGACAUGGAACGCUUCCGCUACCCUGAGCGCCCCAUCAUCUUCCUCUCAGCCUGCUACCUGUGCGUGUCGCUGGGCUUCCUGGUGCGCCUGGUCGUGGGCCACGCCAGCGUCGCCUGCAGCCGCGAGCACAGCCACAUCCACUACGAAACGACGGGCCCCGCGCUGUGCACCGUCGUCUUCCUGCUGGUCUACUUCUUUGGCAUGGCUAGCUCCAUCUGGUGGGUCAUCUUGUCGCUCACCUGGUUCUUGGCGGCUGGCAUGAAGUGGGGCAACGAGGCCAUCGCGGGCUAUGCUCAGUACUUCCACCUGGCCGCCUGGCUCAUCCCCAGCGUCAAGUCCAUCACGGCGCUGGCACUGAGCUCCGUGGACGGGGACCCGGUGGCCGGCAUCUGCUACGUGGGCAACCAGAACCUGAACUCGCUGCGCGGCUUCGUGCUGGGCCCGCUGGUGCUCUACCUGCUGGUGGGCACGCUCUUCCUCCUGGCGGGCUUCGUGUCGCUCUUCCGCAUCCGCAGCGUCAUCAAGCAGGGCGGCACCAAGACGGACAAGCUGGAGAAGCUCAUGAUCCGCAUCGGCAUCUUCACGCUGCUCUAUACGGUGCCCGCCAGCAUCGUGGUGGCCUGCUACCUGUAUGAGCAGCACUACCGCGAGAGCUGGGAGGCCGCCCUCACCUGCGCCUGCCCGGGCCCCGACGCCGGCCAGCCGCGCGCCAAGCCCGAGUACUGGGUGCUCAUGCUCAAGUACUUCAUGUGCCUCGUGGUGGGCAUCACGUCGGGCGUCUGGAUCUGGUCCGGCAAGACGGUGGAGUCGUGGCGGCGCUUCACCAGCCGCUGCUGCUGCCGUCCGCGCCGGGGCCACAAGAGCGGCGGCGCCAUGGCCGCCGGGGACUACGCCGAGGCGAGCGCGGUGCUCACCGGCAGGACCGCGCCUCCCGGCCCCGCCGCCGCUGCCUACCACAAGCAGGUGUCCCUGUCGCACGUGUAGGAGGCCGCGGCCUGCCGAGGGACCCGGGCCGGAGAGCUGAGGGAGGGGGAUGUUUGGUUUGGGAGCUUUGCCAAGGUCACUUCCGUUUACCUUCAAGGUGCUGAGGCCCCUCCCGGGGCAGCUUGGAGAGGGAAAAUGGGCAGUUCCCAAGGAGUACCUGUCCCAGCUCUUCUCAAAGGGACUCAGCUGACGUGUACUCUAUUUUGCGUUUCUUACUGCCUUCUUUAGGAGAACCCUGUUUUUAAUUUAUAUGUAUUUUUAACUUGGUUGCAUUUUGGCAACAAAAUUUACCUUUGCUUUGGGGGCUUUACAAUCCUAAGGUGAUGAAGUUCCACUUGGUUCAGGUUUCUUUGAACUGUGUAGUCUAAAUUGGGAAAAUAUAUUUCCUGUACGUGUGUCUUUAAAAAAAAAAACGACAACCGUGAUCAGUGAAAGUUUGGGUUGCUGUGAAUGGGAAGUUGUCGGGUGUGCUUUUCAGUUCGUUCCUCCUUCCAUUACUUAAAAGUGUCCAAGAUGUUUUAAGGUGAGCUACUUCUCCCUGUUUAUAGCCGCAAGUCAUACCAAGGAGGAGAGUAUAAAGACCUCCCCAAAGUGACAAGGUUAAGAAGCGCUUAGCAGUUUUGUGUUCAUCCUUAGCUGUUUAGCCAGCUUCAGUUUUCUUUUCUAGAGUGUUUGUAAUCAUUCUCAUUCUUAACAGCGCUGGCGUUGUGUCUCGGAUAAAUAAUGAAAUAAGUAAGCGCAGCAUUAUAGUGUCCCGUGUAAAUAUUUGCAAUAUUGAGAACCUAAGGGAUGGUGAUUGGUUGAGCUUGAAUUCUGUCUAGACUGUGGGAUGGCAGCUUUGUGUGAGAGAGGGAGUGUGGGUGGUUCUUAACAGCUUCAGUGAUCCCUAUUCUUGUUAAAAAGGAACUUGUUUUAUAAUUUUGGUAAAAGUGUAAACCCACUCCCUUCUUCUGGAAGUACUUAGUGAUAGUUGUUUAAGGGUGCUCUUUUUUAGGUUUAAGGACUAAAAUGGAUAUACUUCCAGUAAUUAAAGUAAAUGUCCAACACU